AAUUACGAAAUAAUACUUACUACCCUGGAACAAAAAUUAUGUUACAUAGUGUUAUCUGCUUGAUUCCUCGACCAAUUGGAUAACAAGACGAUAGCUGGGUUAUAAAGUGUCACCUGUAAAAGGGGUCCGGUCUUAAAUUAAUGUUCUGGGACCUCAGUACAGUGAAUCAAAAGUCUGAAGACUUUUUACACCUUUUUUAGUGUACCAAGUUUUCGUUCUAUUUUCUUCUCAAAUGUCCAUGUUUCCGAUUAAUUAGCCACGGUAGGUAGUGCAGGUUCAUAGACACGGUACUUCCGAGGACAAACGCAUGUUGGAAUGAGUUACAUAAUCUCUGAAUGUGCACGAUUUUUAUCGUUUACAUUUAGAGCAUGGAAAGGCUCACAAAAUUGUGACUUUUACCUGGGGUUGAAAACUAAUAUUGCCAUAAUAUUACUUCUGGAUGGAAAACCAACAUUUAAAACGUUACAUUUUAAGAACAUGUUUGUUAAAGAGGCGUGCAUAUGGAUAGCUAUAGCGCCAGCUAAAAAUACUCUUUCCAAAUUCAACAACUAAAUGAACCAUUGUAAAUAUUUUAAAAGGGGAGCUGAUGCAUGCUGCCAUUUAUAUAAACAAAAUGACAGAUUAUUGUAAAAAAAAUACUGCAUGCGAUUAGUAACACUGCUGGCUCGACAUCCUUAAAAAGUAAAUCACUUGGCUUGGCAGUUAAGCGGCUAUGGAUUAACAUUCACCGUGCAUGACCACAACCUUCACAGCCAUCUACAUGAGAAUACAAUAAUAAACUGCGCUGCCCCGAGUGAGUUUUUUUUGGACACAACACAGACGACAAUACUGGUGGGGUGUGCAUGCAAAACGGACCGUUUCCUUUAACCUUGACAACCGUCGGCUUCAUCUUAAUAUUGUCCCCGGUGUCACUGGCGAGGCAGUGCCUCCGAGCAUCGAAUGGAAAAUGGAUGUUGAUGAAUAUGAUGGCGCUGGUGAUGUUGGACUCAUUCCGCACUGUGGCACAUGAACCCAGAGACCGAAGCACGAUUCCUGGCCACAGCUCAGUGACGAGUGAUAUCUGCAGAAGUCGUGGGCCCUUCCUGAUAACCAACCGAGAUUGACUAUUGCGGUAAGGUAUAAUCAUACAACCAUCCAUGGAAAGGCCUUUAUCAGUGGUUUGACAAAGGAAUGAAAAUGAAAUCGUAUCCAUCACAAAGGAAAGCAUAAUUCCUAUUAGGGGGGUUGAGGAUCGCUAAAAUGGUUCACAAACUCUCCGUUUUGCCUCUCCCUGCGGUGUAAUAAUGUGUCCUGUGUUUGAGAAUGUGGUCCCAGUCAGAAGCGGAGGCCAUCACCGAGGUGCACAGGGCUGAGCGAUACUUUAUCGAGAAGCGUUUGGAAAAACUGUCCCGAGAUACCGAGAGACUCGCAGCGGGCCUGGUCAGCAGACUUAGGCAGCAACUUCAGCAGAAGAGCCAGGAGCUGGAUUCAGCUCAAGCUCUGAUACGGCAGCUCAAGCUGGAAGUAACAAUGUGGCAUGAACACGCCGAGGAUCUCGACAGAAAGAUGGCCUGCAUGCAUCAGGCAGUUGAUAAUCAGGGCAGCACGGAGAAGUACUGCAGGCCAUGUGGAUUUGCAGAGUCCACGAAGCACGAAGAGAAGUCCAGAGGAUGCGAUGACCACAACGGCUUCCAGGAUGCGGCGACUCCUCCUGGUGACCGUGUCAACCACCACAACGGGCUGUGGCCAGGUGGCUGUUGUAACGACAUCCGUUUCCACGGGUGGCCUACUCAAGGCAAGAGCAAGCUCCAGACAAGAACAAGAGCCAGCCAUGGCCACAGUCUCAACUAUCAGACGGCAGAGACCAGCAGUGGAUCGCGGCAUCAGUCUGGAACGGAGCGCAGCGAACGCCGAGUGGUGAAUUUCCAGACAGGGCUCAGCAAUGAAGAGAGGCUGCAGGCUGGAGUGGAGCCGAACAAUGACCGCGGCUUCUUGCCAGGGAGAGAGUGGGAAGGAUGGCAAAGCCAGGCUCAGGAUCUCUCUCGGCAGCUCGGCAUCAGUGUGGAAAUGCUGGCCCUUUGCAAGCAAGAGCUGCACAAGAAAGAAGAGGAGUUAGAAGGACGACAAGAGGACGAGCGUCGGCUGCACGCCGAGCUGCAGGCGAUGGGCGCUCGGGAGGCAGAGUCCCGGGCCCGUCUGCACGAACUCGUGGAGGAGAUGUUCGGUCGGCUGGAGAUGGCCGAGAACGCAGCCCGACGUCAGGGCGCCUCCGACACCAACACCUGAGGCUCCAUUGUUUUGGCAACCGGUGGGAAAUACUA